AACCCUUCCCCCGGAAUGCACCGAUAACCGUGGGUGUCCGUGCUCCAAAUUCCGUGUAUCUCACCGAAGCGUUUUAAAAAAAAAAACGAGAGCUACACAGUGAAGUUGAAAGUGAAGCAAUAGAGGCAUAAAAUGGCGAUUAAGACGUAACCACCGUCAACCGGGGGGUUGUAACCUUUACAGCUAUUGUGGAGAGAUGGUGUGGAAUGUUAUACCGUUGCAGUGCGGUGAAACCAUUUACUUUAUUCUAUCGUAAUUCCCCACUCUUCACACCGCCCGAAGCGUCUGGAUGCAUCUGGAUGCAUCACAAAACAAGCAGAGGCACAUUUCGAUCACGGUGAUGUAAUAACAGACUUGAGAGAAUAAAUCUUGGCCAGCUGACGUGAGAUGGCAAAGCGCAUGACAUCAGGAAGAAGCACCACACACAAACACACACCGCUCCUUUACUCAAACAUAACCUAACAUGCUUGAAGAUUAUCCCAUCCCGCAAGAUCGGCAAAAGUGAAAUAAGCUCUGAUCUCGCGAGAGGACGCGAAUAGACGCUGGUGGCGUGCCACUAUUUAUAGCAACAGCAUCGGAAAUAUGGCCUAUAGCCUCUCGAGUAGUAGCAGUAUUAGUAGCAGUAGCCAGUUCAUCACAAAAGCAACCAAAACCCGGCAGACGGCCAAGACCCAAGUUCACAAUUAGUUGUUAAUCCCGAUCGCGCUUUGAAUGGUUAAAUCAUCCCGAACUGGAAGGAACGGCAGCAAGAAGGUGUAGUGCAAGACUUUAGAUAGUGAAAAUAGCGGUGAACCCACAGAGAUCCCUUCCCCGGGAGCGGAUAGCAGACGAAAUAGCGAUACCGCGGCAAACGAAACAACGGCCACAGAAUGGAAGCCAGGCCGGUGCAGGUGGUGGAAACGAGCGAGGAUCACAGCUUCGUCCUGAACGAGGAAGCCCUGUCCGAGAUUCUGCUGCAAGAUAGCAUUAAAGAUCGUGCGAUUGUGGUGGUGUCGGUGGCCGGAGCCUUCCGGAAGGGCAAGAGCUUCCUGCUGGACUUUUUCCUGCGCUACAUGUACGCAAAGUACGUGCAUCAUCAGAGCGUGCUCGAGUGGUUGGGCGAUGAAAGUGAACCGCUGUCUGGGUUUUCGUGGCGUGGCGGUAGCGAGCGUGACACAACUGGCAUCCUAAUGUGGUCCGACAUCUUCCUGCACAAUAGAGCCAAUGGCGAGAAGCUGGCAAUCAUACUGAUGGACACACAGGGCGCCUUUGACAGCCAGAGCACCGUGCGGGACUGUGCGACCGUGUUCGCCCUAAGCACCAUGCUGUCCUCCGUGCAGAUUUACAACCUGUCACAGAACAUUCAGGAGGACGAUCUACAACACCUGCAGCUUUUCACAGAAUACGGCCGUCUAGCGUUGGCCGACUCGGGCAAGAAGCCGUUCCAGCGGCUCCAGUUUCUCGUGCGCGAUUGGAGCUUCCCGUACGAGGCCGAGUACGGUGCGCUGGGCGGGCAGCUUAUCCUGCAGCGCCGGCUGGAGGUGUCGGACAAGCAGCACCCGGAGCUGCAAUCCCUCAGACGGCACAUCACAUCGUGCUUCACGGAAAUUGCCUGCUUUCUAAUGCCCCACCCCGGUCUAACCGUGGCCACCAACCCGAGCUUCGACGGGCGCCUGUCGGACAUAACGCCCGAGUUCAAGCAAAGCCUGCGCGAGCUCGUCCCGAUGCUGCUGGCGCCGGAAAAUCUUAUCGUCAAGGAAAUCAACGGCCAGCGCGUGAAGGCCCGCGAUCUGGUGCAGUACUUUAAGUCCUACAUGGCAAUCUACAAGGGUAACGAGCUGCCCGAACCGAAGAGCAUGCUGGUGGCGACGGCGGAAGCGAACAACUUGACGGCGGUGGCCGCGGCCAAGGAAAUCUACACCCAGCUCAUGGAGGAUGUGUGCGGCGGCACCAAACCGUACCUCAGCACGGCCCAUCUCGACUCGGAGCACAGCCGCAUCAAGGAGAAGGCGCUGCAUCAGUUCUCGUCGAAGCGAAAGAUGGGCGGCGAAGAGUUUUCGGAAAAGUACCGCGAAAAGCUCGAGCAAGAUCUGGACGAAUCGUUCGUCACGUUCCGGGCGCACAACGAAAGCAAGAACAUCUUCAAAGCGGCCCGUACGCCCGCGGUCUACUUCGUUAUCGCGAUGGUCAUGUACAUACUGAGCGGCAUCUUCGGGCUGGUCGGGCUGUACACGUUCGCCAACUUUGCCAACCUCAUCAUGGGCAUUGCGCUGAUCACACUAGGGACCUGGGCCUACAUCAGGUAUAGCGGCGAGCUGAGCGACUUUGGCGUCCGGUUAGAUGAGAUCGCGAACCUGCUGUGGGAAAAUAUGAUGAAACCGAUCUACCAGUCGUGCAUGGAGAAGGGCAUCCAGCACGUGGCGACGCACGCGACCGAGUACGCGAUCAGUGGCAAUGUUGGUGGGGUCGGUGGCGGCCGCCAACUGAACGGCAAGGUGAAACACUCUUGAGAGUACGCUCCACCGUUUGCUUCCACCGCGUCCGAGCACCGUCACAAGCAAAGCUGGCGGCCCUGGCGAUGGUCUGCUGGGGGGUGGGCGACUACUGCUGCUUCGAUGGACGCCCCGACCCAGUCACUGACAAGUAGUAUCAACAACAACAACAACCACUCGCCUGAUCGGACACCGGCGUACUGUGUGACCACCACCACCGAUGGCAACCGUAAAGCAUCUCUCCACCGAGGCACCCACAGCAGCAACACGAACGGUUUGAAUAGCAGCAGAAGCUUGGACGGCAGUGAUAGUGGCAAUGAUGGAGCCGUCCCGACCGACGGCACUAGGUUUAGUAAAUUUAUCAAUAGCAUUAAGUACGCCCUGGGCAGCGGUGGUAGUAAUAGUAGCAGCAGUAGUAGCAAAGCCCCCAUGCUAGUGAGAGAUUGCGAGAGCAGCAGCAGCAGCAGGACCAGCAGCACGAGACCGCUAGUGAUUAAAUCGACAUCAGUCAUCCAGCGGACGGCGACGCACAGUAGUAGCAACUCGAACGAACUCACCACCGACUACUGCCCGAAGCGGGGUGGACGUCACAAAGCAACGGACGGUCCGCAGCAAACGGCGACGGCUAACGGUGCAAUCCGCAGUAACCGCCGGCGCACAUAGACGAAUACGCAUGGCCCCGGAGGCCCCCCGCCCCCCUUCUUUUGCUCAGCAUCAUCUUAAGCCUAUUAAAAUGACACCAUCAUCGAUCACCUCUCUCUUGUUACAAACCCUUUACUACCCCCCACUCCUACACCUGUUGCAGCGAUUUGAUCCUGUUCGGUACAUUUGUUGUGUUGUUGAACCUUUAUCCCCCCGUAUCUGUUGAUGCUGAUUUGUUUUAUACACUAUUUACACUGCAUUUUUUUGUUUUUGUUUCCAAAACGAGCUCACGAAGCAGGUUAAUGUAAUGUGCGAGGGAAAAGCUAAGCGAACACUGGACUUUUUUUUUCGGAGAGCAGGAAGAUAGAUAGUGUUAUUGUGCCAAAAGUGAGGUUAACAGUCCUUGGUAGGAAAACAGAGGACAACAGAGAAAGAAGGAGAGAGAAGGAGAUGCAUCGUAAAGGCGACCAGAUUAGAUUUGUCCAGCAAACAAAGGCCCCCCCCCCCCCUCGUAUUGCCUCCAGUUGUUUCUUGUUCAUCAAAAACCCACACAGAGUUACACCGGACACAUGGGACGGACCGAACGCGUCCUCCUUCCUGAAAGCUCGUUUGCAUGGAACCAUUUUGUUUUUCUCUUUAAAAUUUUCUUGCCACCAUACAAUGCUAAAAUGUUACAAAUACCGUGUGGAGAUCUUGUGGACGACGAUGACGACCUGCCAAGCAGUGUGUGUUAAAUGUGCGUAUUUAGUGAUGAGAAUAACCACUCAUACCGACCAACACCUCACUCACCUCACUGUGUUUUAACUCACUCACUAUGUGCUACUCACUGGUGAGAUAGAUAUCGCUGAUAAGAUGAUUUUCAGUCGAUGCAACUAGUGUUGUGAGAUAAAUAUGAUGUGAUGCGAUGUUAAACUCACCAGUGAGUUAAAACGUACUCAGUGAGUUACACCAUAGUGAGUGAGUGAAAACGCAGUGAGUGAGUGAGUUAGUCGACACGGAGGGUUAAAUCAGAAGUGAGUUGAGAUCAACUCAUUCACUCACUGACAAAGGACGACGGAUAGGAAGGACUGUGCGGAAGAAAAAAAUCAGCCCGACGACGGAUGUUGUGUUGCCAGAUCAUCAUGCGCCCCCGCCCCCCCUACGCCAUUUAACGAAAGCCGUUGUGUUUUUUUGACUUUGUUUUUGACCUUGAGAUAGGGAAUUUAAUAUUACUUCUGUUUUUUUUUUUGUUUUGUUUUGUUAUUGUGCGCCGACGUGCGCUAGUUACGAUUAUAGUAUAGAAAGAAGAGAGGUGUGCAAAGCAAAGCAACGUGUUAAAGAAUUUCUUGUACAUAAAAAGCAAACCGUAAUCCGACUUCUUUCCCCUCUCUGUUGUGUGCUGUGGUCCUGAAAGAAAUCUCGCGUUGUUCUAUCUACGUUUGUUUGCUUUUCUAUCAUCUUUUUUUCUCGUUGAAAUCCAUUAGCUAGGAACUAUGACACUACAAAAUGCAGGUUGUAUAAUAAGCGCAUAACUUUUCCGUUUCGCUCUCGCACGCCUGACAAAAACGAGAAUUGAUUGUUUAAUAAAGAUUUACCUUUUAACGAUUGUAAAA